UCCUCCCACCCCCCACUCCGGCCCAGUCGCUCGCUAAUUGAAGAGCCGGGAUUCCUCACGUGAGAAGUUGAUUUGUAGUUUGAACACGUGGCUCAUUCAAAAAGCCGGAAUAUUCAACCGAGGGCUGCAGCCGCCGCCGGGAAGAUGAACAAGCUCUACAUCGGCAACCUCGGCGAGAACGUCAGCCCGCUCGACCUGGAAAGUCUCUUUAAGGACUCCAAGAUCCCCUUCUCGGGCCAGUUCCUGGUGAAGACGGGCUACGCCUUCGUGGACUGCCCCGACGAGAGCUGGGCCAUGAAGGCCAUCGAGGCGCUUUCAGGUAAAGUGGAGCUGCACGGGAAACUCAUAGAAGUUGAGCAUUCAGUCCCUAAAAGACAAAGGAGUCGGAAACUUCAGAUCAGAAACAUCCCGCCUCACUUGCAAUGGGAGGUGUUGGACAGUUUGUUAGCUCAGUAUGGAACAGUGGAGAACUGUGAGCAAGUGAACACUGACACAGAGACUGCAGUUGUAAAUGUAACAUAUGGCAAUAAGGACCAGGCUAGACAAGCAAUAGAAAAACUGAACGGGUUUCAGCUUGAAAACUAUUCCUUGAAAGUUGCGUAUAUCCCUGAUGAAAUGGCGGCACAGCAACCUCCGCAGCAACAUCCCCAGGGACGGCGUGGAUUUGGACAGAGGGGCCCUCCAAGGCAGGGCUCACCCAGCGCAACCGCGCGGCAGAAACCACAGUCAGACGUUCCUCUACGGAUGUUGGUCCCCACGCAGUUUGUUGGAGCCAUUAUUGGGAAAGAAGGAGCAACCAUCAGAAAUAUUACAAAGCAGACUCAGUCCAAAAUUGAUAUUCAUCGUAAAGAGAAUGCAGGUGCUGCUGAGAAACCAAUUACCAUUCACUCAACUCCUGAAGGCUGCUCAACAGCUUGUAAAAUCAUUAUGGAGAUCAUGCAAAAAGAAGCUCAAGAUACUAAAUUUACGGAAGAAAUUCCCCUGAAGAUACUGGCACACAACAACUUUGUUGGUCGACUUAUUGGCAAAGAAGGAAGAAACCUGAAGAAAAUUGAGCAGGACACAGAUACUAAAAUCACGAUAUCUCCAUUGCAGGACUUGACACUCUAUAAUCCGGAAAGGACCAUUACAGUUAAAGGCAGUAUUGAAACUUGUGCCAAGGCCGAGGAAGAAAUUAUGAAGAAAAUCAGGGAAUCCUAUGAAAAUGAUAUUGCUGCUAUGAAUCUUCAAGCACAUUUAAUUCCUGGAUUAAAUCUGAAUGCCUUGGGUCUGUUCCCACCUUCUUCUUCAGGAAUACCACCUCCUGCAGUGAGUGUUGCCUCUGCUGCUGCUGCUGCUUCGUAUCCACCAUUUGGGCAACAGCCCGAGUCUGAGACUGUUCAUCUGUUCAUCCCAGCCUUGGCAGUUGGAGCUAUUAUUGGCAAGCAGGGACAGCACAUCAAACAACUUUCUCGCUUUGCAGGCGCAUCUAUUAAGAUUGCCCCUGCUGAAGGACCAGAUGCCAAGCUGAGAAUGGUUAUCAUCACUGGACCUCCAGAAGCUCAGUUUAAGGCUCAAGGGAGAAUCUAUGGAAAACUUAAAGAAGAAAAUUUCUUUGGACCUAAAGAAGAAGUGAAACUUGAGGCUCAUAUAAAAGUGCCAUCCUAUGCUGCUGGUAGAGUUAUUGGUAAAGGAGGCAAAACAGUAAAUGAGCUUCAAAACUUGACAAGUGCAGAAGUUGUAGUCCCUCGUGACCAGACACCUGAUGAAAAUGACCAGGUGGUUGUGAAAAUAACUGGUCACUUCUAUGCAUGCCAGCUUGCUCAGAGAAAAAUUCAGGAAAUACUGGCUCAGGUAAGAAGGCAGCAGCAACAGCAAAAAACAUUGCAAAGUGGACAGCCUCAGCCAAGACGAAAAUAAAGGUUUAGGAAAUGGCCCAUCAGAGACAGAUGCCAGACCAAAGACAGACUGUGCAACAGAGAGACGGGUGGUGAGCACCUGUUGAAGUUAUAUGCAGAAGAUCCACCAAGCCAAUCACCUGUUCGAGGACCAGGCAACCGCUGAACGCUGUCUCUGAGAAUGUAUUCUUUAGGCUCUCUCAAACUUUUGAAACCCAGCUUUAAAAUAAGGACCCCUUCACUUCCCUUUUGUUCUAUUCUCACAAUUUAACAUAAACUCGUUAGUCUUUUUUAUUGUUCUUAUUAUUCCCCAACAAUUUUAGAACUUGGUUUAAUGAAGCUUUCUCUUCUGAGUUCACUGGUUUAAAAACAGAAAAAAAAAAAAAAAAAGAAAAAAAAAAAGAAAAAAGAAAAAAGGAAAAAAAGAAAAGGCAUUGCUCUUAUAGGUCCAGCGGUAAAAGAAGAAACACAUUA